AUGAUGGGUGCACUCCAAUUGCUGCUGCAUGCUUCCGUCACCGUCAUGGCGGCUUCUACUACGAGCCAAAAGUUCGCGACUUCCGUCUUCACUGCGCCUGGUCGAUUUCCCACAACGAUGUUCACGAAGUACUAUAAUAACCCGACACAAACAGCAUCUCAAGUCCAGCCAUUAGUCAAGGAUCCAGUUGAGACAGGCCUCGUCUACCCACUCGCUUUAACGAGCCCUGAUACCAUUCCUACAAACGAUACUACCGAUCCACAUCCUUUACCGCCUACUGCAUCGUCGUCUCUCCUGCUUGAACAAGCUUUCAAUCAGAUCAUUGCCAUCUCCACCAACCCGACCUUUGGCUCAAACAACUGUGCACGGUGCCAGGCAGGAUUGGGGGUCGCCAAAUUUCUCGCUCUCGCAUCUCCAGAGAAUGGUCCAGUACUAGCCGUAAGACUUUGCGAACACUUCAAAUUUUCUUCGAGCUGUGGGACCUCCUUCAGCCGUUUGGCUUUGGGUUCCGUGAUAACCCAGGUCGUUGCAAACGCGAAUGUUGGCGGAUAUGAUGGACAGAUGCUUUGCCAGAACUUCAUCAACGGUCUUUGUCCCCUCCCGCCGGCCACACCGCUCAACUUGACUUCAUGGUUUACCAAACCGAAACCAAACCCGAUUCCGCCACCCAAGAAACCCAGUGGCAAACUCCUCAAGGUGCUUCAUGUAUCGGACUUCCAUCUCGACCCACGAUAUGCAACUGGCGCUGAGGCUAAUUGCACCUCCGGUCUCUGCUGUCGGAGCCAUGGCUUCAACAGUGCAAGCCCAAACACGACGCUGUUCCCCGCGCCAAGGUUUGGCGCCUUCAAUUGUGAUACCCCUCUCGCGUUGGGACUAGCAGCGUUGCAGGCUAUCCCAGUUCUAACGGGAGCAAAGGGGACUGGAUUCGAUUUCACAGUCUACACUGGCGACUUGGUCUCGCACGACCCGGAUAACCAGCUUUCGAGGGAUUAUGUGACUUACACUGAGACCGUCGUUUUCGAUCUUUUCAAACGAACACUUGGCUCCGGUCCUGUUUAUGCGGCAUUGGGAAAUCAUGAUUCAUAUAAUCAGGCUCAGGAUGCCCAUCACGCACUCGGAGAUAGCCUCGCGCAGCAAUUCCAAUGGAACUACGACCAUCUUGCGGCCCUUUGGCAACACGAAUCUUGGCUCCCUGCUGCUGCCGUCGCCCUGGCUCGUGCUCACUACUCUGCGUAUAUGGUACAGCGUCAUGACGGUUUCCGUGUCAUUUGUUUGAAUACUGACAUGUGGUAUCGUGCGAAUUACUUCAACUAUAUCCAGCUAGACACCCCCGACAAUUCGGGAAUGUUACGAUUCCUUACAGACGAGCUACAGGAUGCGGAGGAUGCUGGUGACAGAGUUUGGAUCAUCGGACAUGUUUUGUCUGGUUGGGAUGGGUCUAACCCGCUGGUUAACCCAACAGACUUGUUCUACCAAAUUAUUGAUCGCUACUCUCCGCAUGUUGUUGCGAACGUCUUCUUUGGACAUACUCACGAAGAUCAGGCGAGCCAACUUCAUUCUUCGUUUCGCACUAAAUCUGAAGCGAAAGCCAGGCCACAAUCUUCUAUGCCAACAACGCAACCAACAUCAGCGCAGGGACUGCGCAAACCAUGGCAUGGGUGGAUUGGACCAUCGCUUACCCCUUUAAAUCACCUCAACUCUGGUUUCAGAAUGUAUGAAGUCGAUUCGUCGACAUUUGACAUCAUGAAUGCUUACACUUGGAAGAGUGACGUCAACACUUUCAGUGCUCUUGACCAUCAACUCGAGUUUGGUCCACCCUACUCGUUCGAGUACAGCACACGGGAUACAUAUGGCCCCAGCGUUCCUGGCUGGACUGCUAGCGACCCACUGAACGCUACCUUCUGGCAUCUUGUCACUGAGGCUAUGGAGGCCAACUCGUCUCUCGUGGCGACAUUCAACACGCUCCAGGGCAAAAGCUCUGUGUUGACUGCGCCAUGCACUGGGGACUGCGUCAAGGCGAAGAUAUGUUAUCUGCGGAGCGGGUCGGCGGCAAUUGCGAAGCAAAACUGCAUCCCUGGGUUCGGAACCCGCGUUCAUACCGCAGCGAUGAUAUGGGCUGUGUUCCUUGCUGGCUGGAACGACGGUACACUGGGCCCCCUUAUUCCCAGAAUCCAAGAGGUAUAUCAUCUUGGGUACAUUAUCGUCGCUUUGCUCUUUGUUUUUGCAUCCUUGGGAGCGAUAACUGGUGCGAUUUUGACCAUCAACUUGACGCCAAAGCUCGGCUUUGGAAAGAUGUUGCUGCUUGCACCGCUAUUCCAAAUAAUUGGGUACAGCCUACAAUCGGCAGCAUUACCAUACCCUGUUUUCGCCUUCGCGUCGUUCUUGAACUCGAUCGGUGUUUGCAUGCUGGAUGCUCAAGCGAAUGGUUAUGUGGCUAACAUCGCGCGAAACGGCGAGGCCCGAAUGGGGUAUACGCAGGCUGCUUAUGGUGCUGGUCUAUUCGCUGCGCCGCUUGUAUCCACGCAGUUUGCCCAAAUCCACCGCUGGUCGUUUCACUACUUGGUAUCUCUGGGAAUCACACUGUCCAACCUCAUUAUCCUCGCUCUGGUUUUCCGGGGACGAUCUCAGGCAGAAUGUCUUCAAUCUCUCGGCCAAGAGCCUGCACCGACCAGCGCUACCGCUCAGGGAGAAGCCAAGAAUAAUCACAUGCGGGCGCUGUUCACCGUCAAAGCGCUACAUUUAAUGGCGCUUUUCCUCUUCGUCCAUGUUGGUGUCGGUGUCGCGAACGGAGGCUGGUCGGUGAGCUACAUGAUUAAUGUGCGUGGGGGAGGUGCCCAGAGCGGGUAUAUCGCGGCGGGAUACUCUGGUGGCGUGGUGCUGGGCCGCAUUGUGUUGAUUCCCUUGAACAAACUGAUCGGGGAAAAUCGGGUCGUAUACGUAUAUACCCUCAUCGCCAUCGGUCUCCAGUUGGUCGUGUGGCUCGUCCCCUCUCUGGUCGGUGAUGCCAUCGCGCUCGCCUUUGGCGGGAUGAUGUCCGGCCCGCUAUACCCGCUUGCGCUCAACCGGGCCACCAGACUGUUCCGCUCCCAUCUGUUGACGCCUGCUAUGGGCUGGAUGGCCGCCGUCGCUACUGUUGGCGGGGCCAUCAUCCCAUUUAUUGCUGGGGCGAUCUCAAGCAGGGCUGGCAUCAAAAGUCUGCAGCCAGUGAUCGUCGCAGGAAUGGCGGUGAUGCUCAUUUUGUGGACAUUAGUCCCACAAGCAACUGCACCAGUUGCUGAGGAAGAAAAGCGCGCGACUGAAGUGAAGGAUGAAAAGCAUGCGACGAGCCCCCAACGUGAAAUUUAG